AUGGACCACUACCAGUUCAUGCUGCGAAUGGUCUCUCCCGAACCAGGCCUACCCGCGGAGGAGGUGUUCCCCGGUCUGUUCCUGGGAGAACUGGGGGCGGUCUACAAGCGGAUCCAGCUGAAGGAGCAGAAAAUUGGCUCGAUCCUCAGCGCCGAGUGCAUGCCUCCGCUCUGGCCGGACGACUUUCGGUACAUGGUGAUCAAGGCAGACGAGACCGAGAACUGCAACCUGCUAGAGGUCCUAGAACAUGCGCUCAAGUUCAUGCAGGACGGACUAAAGAACGGCAAAGUCCUCGUGUCGACGGAGGAGGCGCUGGCCGUGGUCGGACGUCGCCGGCGGGUGUUUCCCAACACCUCUUUCCUCGAGCAGCUGCGGUGGUUCCACGAGCACCAGUGGUCCGUGGACAAGCAGACGGCCGACUACCGUGAGCUCAAGGCCCGGUACUCCACGCCGGCUCAGAUCAUCGAGUGCCCGCCAUGA